UAUUUUGAAUACAGUAGUCGGUAAAGCAUUCAGCUUACGAUGCCUUCCGCACAGCGCCUCUACCGAGAUAAUGUACGUGUCGCUACUGUACAAGACAGCUUUCCUAGUAGAAGCGCUCACAUAUCAGUCCUACUGACCGAGGCGGAGAAUCAAACCUGCGGACAAGAGCGAUGGUGACGGGAUACGAGCAAACACUAACACGACAGGAACUUGGACAGUCUCAGAGGGAAAGAAAGAUGUUUGGAGUAAAAACCAGCGACGUUUUAUCCGCCUUUUUUGCGAUAGAGUGCACAGGAGAAGAGUUUAGAUCGGCUUCAUUCAUCGGCGGAGUUUCAAUGAAAAGUCUACAAGCUGUCACACAGCGCGGAGUCUGACUGUCAACAACAGUCAACAACAGUCAGUGCUAGAGACAUAAAGACACGCUUGAUUUAGCGUUUAUUCUCCGUUUACAAUAGUUUAUAUCUGCGUUUCUAGGCUGUUGGAUUGCUCAGGAUGCAGGUGAAAAAGCAGAGAAGCCCCGAGGACCCAGCGCAGGAUGAUAUGAAGAAAAAGCCCUCAUGUUUCUCAAAUAUUAAGAUAUUUUUAGUGGCGGAAUGUGCUCUGAUGUUGGCGCAGGGCACAGUGGGCGCAUACUUGGUGAGCGUGCUGACCACGCUGGAGCGGCGCUUCAAUCUUCAGAGCGCUGAUGUGGGCGUCAUCGCCAGCAGCUUUGAGAUCGGCAACCUGGUCUUCAUUCUCUUCGUUAGUUAUUUUGGUGCUAAAGCCCACCGCCCUCGGUUAAUUGGCUGUGGGGGCAUUGUCAUGGCUUUGGGAGCACUGCUCUCUGCGUUACCGGAAUUCCUCACCAGUCAGUACACAAUCACAGACUCGUGGAGCAAGGAUCAGGGGCGAGACGUGUGCUCCAACACCUCGAGAGCUGAUGAACCGUGUGGCAGUAAAGCCAACACCAACAUGAUGUACCUGCUUCUGAUUGGAGCCCAGAUGCUGCUGGGUAUUGGUGCCACACCUGUUCAGCCCCUAGGUGUGUCUUACAUAGACGAUCAUGUGCGGAAGAAGGACUCCUCUCUCUAUAUAGGUAUACUCUUUUCCACACUGGUGUUUGGACCUGCUUGUGGUUUCAUCUUGGGAUCUGUCUGUACCAACUUUUAUGUGGACGCUUUGUUCAUCGACACGACUAAGUUGGACCUCACUCCUGAUGACCCCCGCUGGAUCGGUGCGUGGUGGGGAGGCUUUCUCCUCUGCAGCGUCUUACUCUUCAUCUCGUCCCUCUUCAUGUUCGGGUUCCCCCAGUCUCUGCCCGGCAAGGAGGUGGAGGGAGGUCUUGAGAGCGAACAGGCCAUGCUGCCCUCGUCUUUACCCCAGGAUCCUGAGAAAUCCAAGCCAAGCAAUGGAGUCCUGCAGAACUGCCAGCCCAGCGGCAACAGCCUGUCCUGCUGCCAGCAGAUCCGAGUUAUUCCCAAGGUGACCAAGCACCUGCUGUCAAACCCAGUGUUCACGUGUAUUGUGUUAGCUGCCUGUAUGGAGAUUGCUGUUGUCGCUGGCUUUGCUGCCUUCCUGGGCAAAUAUCUGGAGCAGCAGUUCAGCCUCACCACCAGCUCUGCUAACCAGCUGUUGGGGAUGACGGCCAUCCCGUGCGCCUGUCUGGGCAUUUUCCUGGGAGGUUUGCUGGUGAAGAAGCUGAACCUGUCUGCUCUGGGAGCGAUUCGGAUGGCCAUGCUGGUCAAUCUGAUCUCCACGGCCUGUUACGUGUCCUUCCUCUUCCUGGGCUGUGACACAGGACCUGUCGCUGGGGUGACCGUCGCCUAUAGCAACAAGACACUGCAAGUAGGCCAGAGGCCGGAAGACCCCUGCAUGAGUCACUGUAACUGCUUCACUUCGUCUGUUAGCCCCGUUUGUGGCUCCAAUGAUGUGACCUACUUGUCCGCCUGUUUCGCUGGCUGCACCAGAGCCAACAGGACAGGAUGUGCGUGUAUCUCAGGAUACAAUGACACGGCUGUGUCAGGCAAGUGCCCGCGUCCCGGCUGCCAGGAGGCCUUCCUCAUCUUCCUGUGUGUGAUCUGUGCCUGCAGUAUGAUCGGAGCCAUGGCCCAGACGCCCUCCGUCAUCAUCCUCAUCAGAUCUGUGAGCCCCGAGCUGAAGUCUUACGCUCUUGGAGUUCUUUUUCUGUUACUGCGCCUGUUAGGGUUCAUUCCUCCUCCUUUGAUAUUUGGCACGGGGAUCGAUUCCACAUGCCUCCUCUGGAGCACCAAGUGCGGGGAGAGAGGCGCCUGUCUGCUGUAUGACAACGUGAGAUACCGGCACCUGUACGUCAGCAUGGCCAUCGUCCUCAAGGUCGUGGCGUUCCUCCUCUACACAACCACCUGGCAAUGCUUGCGCAGAAACUACAAGAAAUACAUUAAAAACCACGAGGGAUAUGUUACGCCCACGGAAAUAUUCUCGUCCACCGUCAAUCUAGACAGUCUCGAAAAGGACUCAGAGCCAAGUCAACAGGACUAAAUUUAUUUAUAACCUGGAGGAUCAUGAGUGGUGUGAAAAUAUGGAGUCUGUUUUAUAGUGGCUUCAGGCAAAUUCAAGCAUCGUUCUGCUGAAGGAUCAUCCUUUGAGUUGGUCUCUUAUUUCAGGAUGUGCGGGACUGUUGUUGCGCUUUAUUGUAAACUCCUUCAAACUCUUCUACUGGGUCCAUCUUGUGUCUAGAAGUAUGGUGCCAGUACAAUGUUGUAGUAGUUAGCUAAAGGAGUCUACUUCAGUGCCUGACUGUGUAGCUGCUUUGCUAACUUCACACAGCUGUGCAUUAGCUCAACUGUUUCUACAAUUUUUUGUUCAAGUAAAUAAAUGAACUAUAUAUACAACUAAGAUAAGCAAGUUUAACUCGUCGCCUAUCAUCCGGCUGGUUGAUGCUGUUUAUGUUCCCAUCCCAGUCCCUUAUUAUUAUGGGGAUCAUUUAGUACAUCACAAACAGUUUAUUAAUACUAAUAUAUAAUUCUGAACUACAUUCUGCAAUUAUAUAUAUAUAUAUAUAUAUAUAUAUAUAUAUAUAUAUACAUGAAAACAUCAAUUAUUUCUCAAAACGUUCAAAGGGAUGUUUUGAGAGAUGUUUAUUAUUUUAUUUGUAAGUGCUUUUUGCAGCAUUUGCUUUCUGCUGUUGUUAAUUUAUGUUGUUUAUUAAGGCCUAUAUAAAGGUUAUUGAUACUGUACAUUAUUAGCAUCUUUAUAAAUUUGUGCAAUAAUGGGAGAGUGUAUUUUUUAGAUAGAGAGUGAGACAUUUGUAGUUUUAUUAAUGAAUAAAAGAAUGCCUCUUUAUUCAGAUGACAAUAACGGCGUUUGGGACUAGACUUUGGGAAUAUUGUGACCUACAAUAUGACUGACAUCAGAGGAGAAGUAUUUGGAAAAGGCAAUUUGAUUAAAUGGCAGAAAACUAUUGCCAUUCAUGAUGAGUGUUGCUCUGAGCAAAUAACGUUCUGAUGAUCAGGCUGGGCCUUGGCAUUUAUGACUUGGAUGAAAAAUACAAUUUUACACAAUUAUAAUGUUACAUGUAAAGUGUGUUUCAGCUUUGGAUUGAGAUUAAACUGUUUUAUUUCACUUCACUGCAAUAAGACAUGGCUCUGUGGGUUCUUAGAAGAUUAAAAAUAGUGCUGGAUACGAAAAGACACUUGGCGAUGAAAAUUGUUCAGGAUGAAUUUCUGAUUUCAAAUUAUUUGAAUUUCCUAUAAAGCUUCAAAGCACACCAAUCUUGUUUUACAGGAGUUUUUUUUAUGGCAAAAUAACGUUUAUUUUAUUCUGCAAAUAAAUAAUUUUUCAGAAAAUC